AUUGAAGCGACUUUAACGGUUUCUUUUUAAUUAUUAAAUCCAGUUAAAAUGAAGAGAUUAUUUAUCAGUUUAAGUGUUUUUAUAUGGAUUUGUAAAGGUGAAGAUAUCGAAAAUUUAGUUAACAUAAGAAAAACUUUAAAAGUUUUACAUGUAGUUUUUAGACACGGUGAUAGAUCCCCAGAUCAAUUAUACCCAAAUGAUAUUUACACAGAAGAAACUUUUUAUCCAAUGAGAAUAGGAGAGUUAACAAAUAAAGGAAAAAUGACCGAAUUUAGAAUUGGAAAAUCAUUAAGAAGACGAUACAAAGCAUUUUUACCAAAAACUUACACCCCGGAAAUAAUUUCUUCAGUUUCUUCUCACAUGUCAAGAAAUAAAGCAAGUUUAGAGUUAGUUUUAGCGGGAUUAUUUCCACCAACUCGCGAUAUAACAUGGAAUAAAAAUUUAUUAUGGGAACCAAUUCCUUAUGAUUCCGUAGAGAAAUCGAAGAAUAAAUUAUUUUUAACCGCUGUAGCUUGUCCGAAUUACCCAGAGGUUGAACGAAAUGUUUCGUUAUAUUACAAAAAUCCGACUGCGUUAAAAUACCAACCUUUACUACCAUUUUUACAAAAUGCUUCCGGAUUCAAAGAAAAUGAAAUCUUAACAAUGGGUUGGUAUUUGUAUUCGAUUUUAAAAUCGGAAGAUGAAUGGGGUUUGGAGUUACCCGAUUGGACCAAAUCCGUUUAUCCCGAUAUCUUAAAAGAAUUAUCCGAACAAUAUUGGGUUUUAAUCUCAAAGGGAGAUUUAAAACCUUUAACAUCCGGGUUUUUAGUUUCGACUAUUUUAAAUAACACGGAUUGCACGAUAAAUAAUCUUAACUCUUCCUGUAAUAACACAAAAAUUUAUUUAUAUUCCGGUCACGAUACGAACAUUGCCGGAUUACUUGCGUUUUUAGAUAAUUUCGUUCCUCAUAAUCCGAAUUAUGGUGCUCACAUUAUGAUUGAGGUUCAUAACAUUUCUGGUGAAAUAUAUUUAAAGUUUUUACACGAAAAUUAUGACCACAACGAACCGGAAAUUUUAGAAAUUCCUAAUUGUGGGAAAGUUUGUAAAUUAGAAACGUUUAAACAAAAUUAUGGAAAAGAAAUUGAUACUCAAUAUUUAAAUAAACUAUGUGGUUGA